AUGGACACCAGCCUGCCUCCUCACUCAAACCUUGGUGACCCUAUAAGCAAAUGGGGAUACUCUUUUACUUGGACGGAUAGCCAUCUCUCUAGAGAGAAGACAGAGCCUCUGCGUCAGCAGUUUGACACAUUGGGCGCUGCUGCUCUGGAGCGGCUUCAGUUCAUACGAUCUUCAUUGCUAGAAGAUAACAAGGUAAAAGGAACCACUCCACCCUCCAGCGAUCUUUACACUAUUCUCCGAGACCAUCGUGGGGAGGAUGAGGUCUUAACCCAAUUCUGGAAAGAACUUCACACAGUCCCAGACUGGGUUGACUGGGAGCAACUUGAGCGAGGCCAGCGGUUUUUGCAUCGCUAUAUGAUUGCCAACAUUGUCGGCUUCGCGCUACAGGGGUUUGUAGCAGAAAAUUCUGCAGCCUCCGGCGUCGUAGAAGUCCUGGUCCGGACUGGCAGCUUCUCAACUCGUAUGUUGCUAAAGAGAUUGCUCGAGACCUUCCAAUGGUUGGUUCAUGUUACUCAUGACCUCGCUACCAUCCAGCCCGGCGGCGAAGGCCAUAUUGCAACCGUCCGGGUCCGACUUCUCCAUUCAUCCGUUCGACAGCGCAUCUUACAUCUGUGUCGCACAAAACCUCAGUAUUUCGAUAUCGACCGUUAUGGUGUUCCUGUCAACGCAUUAGAUAGCAUUCACUCCAUUAGCACUUUCUGCUGCAAUCCAAUGUGGCUCCAACUGCCUAGGUUUAAGAUCACCCCUUCCACCGACGAGGUCGAAGACUACAUCGCCCUCUUUCGAUACCUUGGUUACCUUCUUGGAACACCGACAUCAUACUUCGAGACUGUGCAAAAGAGCAAGCACACAAUGGAGAGCAUGGUCGCCCACGAGCUGCAUACCACGGAGACGUCACGCGUAGUCGCUUAUAAUUUUGUCGAAUGCGUGGCGAACCUUCCUGCCCCGUUCCAUGUCUCGAAGAAGUUCAUUGAGGCUGGUAGUCGGUGGAUUAACGGGGACGAGAUCUGCAACGAUCUUGAGCUUGGGAAGCCUGGGUUCGUCUACCACUUCAUGUUUGCCGGAUACUGUGUUCUUGUUCGAGGGCUUGCUUGUCUGCAGCGGAUGAUUCCUAUGUUUGACGAGUUCAUGAUUAAGGUAGGGUUUACAAGUCUGGCAUGUCGUGUGAUUUAG